CUUACGCGCACGCGCGCGAGCGACCCAUCGCCGAAUGGGGAGUCUGCUGAGGCGGCGGUUUCAGCGCAUCGGACGUGAGGCGGUGGGGAUUCUGACUUCGGGCUUGGGCCUGUUCGCGCCCCAAGCCUUGUGGCGGCAGUGUCCGGGGCUUGUGAUGGGCCGCAGGCAACGCCGAAGACAGCAGCAGCAGCAGCAGAGCCGCGAGGGAGGCUCCCAGGGCUGGUCCGAUGGUGGCUAUCCGGACAUCGUGAAGGAGAACGCGUCGUUUGAACACUACUAUGGGCACCUUGGCAUCGUGCCUCAGGAGGAGUGGGAGAGCUUCCUGGCUACCCUGCGGGAGCCUCUGCCAGCCACCCUGAGGAUCACAGGCUAUAAGAGCCAUGCCAACGAAAUUCUCCGUUGUUUAAAAGAGAAGUAUUUCAAGGAAAUAGAGAAUCUGGUGGUGGAUGGUCAGAAAAUUGAAAUGCCGCAGCCAUUAAGCUGGUACCCCGAGGAGUUGGCAUGGCAUACAAACCUAAACAGAAAAAUCUUGCGGAAAUCUCCCCAAUUAGAAAAAUUUCAUCAUUUUCUUGUUAGUGAAACUGAAUGUGGGAAUAUUAGUCGUCAGGAAGCUGUCAGUAUGAUCCCUCCAUUGCUUCUUAAUAUUCAGCCUCAUCACAAGAUUCUAGAUAUGUGUGCUGCACCUGGGUCCAAGACUGCCCAACUUAUUGAGAUGCUUCAUGCAGACAUGAGUAUUCCUUUUCCAGAGGGAUUUGUAAUUGCAAAUGAUGUAGACAACAAGCGUUGUUAUCUGCUAGUUCAUCAGGCAAAGCGGUUGAACAGUCCUUGUAUUAUGGUUAUAAAUCAUGAUGCCUCAAGUAUCCCUAAUAUACAGAUCAAUACUAAUGGGAAAAAAGAGAUCCUCUUCUAUGACAGAAUAUUAUGUGAUGUUCCUUGCAGUGGAGAUGGAACCCUGAGAAAAAACAUUGAUAUAUGGAAAAAGUGGAGUACACAUAAUAGUUUGCAACUACAUGGACUACAGCUGAGGAUUGCAACUCGUGGAGCUGAACAGCUGGCUGAAGGAGGUAGAAUGGUGUACUCUACCUGUUCAUUGAAUCCUAUUGAAAAUGAAGCUGUCAUUAGUUCUCUGCUGGAAAAAAGUGAAGGUGCCUUAGAACUUGCUGAUGUCUCUUCUGAGUUGCCAGGGUUGAAAAGGUUGCCAGGCAUUACAAAAUGGAAGGUAAUGACCAAAGAUGGUAAUUGGUUUGAAGACUGGAAAGAAGUUCCUCCUAGCAAGCAUACACAGAUCCGCCCCACAAUGUUCCCUUUAAAAGAUGAACAAAAACUUAAAGCAUUACAUUUGGAGCGCUGUUUUAGAAUUUUACCACAUCACCAGAAUACUGGAGGUUUCUAUGCUGUAUUAAUUAAAAAAUCACCUAUGCCAUGGAAACAGACGUCAGCCCAGGUUCAGAAUAAGUUGCCUCAGAAGACUGGAGAUUUAAUGCCUGCAGAUGCAGAACAGGAUCCUUUAGAAAGUGAAGGUCCUAUAAUGCAAGAUGCAAAAGAUGGAGAGACCUCAGUAACUGAGAGUGUGGAGAACAAGAAGGAUGGAGUUUGUGGACCUCCACCAUCUAAAAAAAUGAAGCUUUUUGGAUACAAAGAAGAUCCAUUUGUUUUUCUUCCCACAGACGAUCCUUUGUUUCCUCCUAUUCAGAAAUUUUACGCACUGGAUCCUUCAUUCCCUAAGAUGAAUUUGUUAACUCGUACUCAAGAAGGAAAGAAGAGACAGGUGUAUAUGGUUUCCAAGGAGAUACGGGAUGUACUGUUGAACAACAGUGAAAAGCUAAAGGUUAUUAAUACAGGAAUUAAAGUGUGGUGCCGCAAUAAUGAUGGAGAUGGUUGUGCCUUCAGAUUAGCACAAGAGGGGGCAUAUACAUUGCAUCCUUUCAUCAGUGCCAGAACUAUUAAGGCUGGCAUAGAAGAUAUUAAAAUUUUGUUAACUGAAGAAAAUCCAUUCUUAAGCAGGUUCAGUAAUGAAUCACGCAGUCAACUGAAUGGAAUGGCUAUGGGGAGCAUAGUCUUAAAAUAUGAACCAGACCAAAGCAAACAAGAUUCCCAUCAGUGCUCUGUUUUGCUGUGUGGUUGGCUUGGCAAGACAUCCCUUCGUGCCUUUGUGCCCAAGAAUGAGAGAUUGCAUUACCUGAGAAUGAUGGGACUUGAGGUAUUCAAAGCAAAAAGGAAAGAAGAAAAUUUAGAAGGUCAGUUGGAAGCGGCAUCUAUAGAUACAUCGGGGCAAGUGCUAGAAGAAGUGGAACUUGAAUGUAAAACCAAAAACAUCAAUCAGUUACCGACAAUAAAAGAAGAUGAAUUGAAUGGACAGCAUGAAAAAAUAUUAUUGGAAGCCCGCACAGUAGAAAACCUUUCUUCCACUGACAAAGAUGAAAAUACCAGAAAUAUGCAAAGCAAAAGUAAUGUUGACAUUAUGGGGAAAAAAGACUAAAAAGUCAAUUUGCAUUGACUAUUCAUGUGCAUUUUUUAUAAUUAUGUACUGCAAAGCAUUUAAAAUAAUUUUAAUAAAGCAUUUCAGUUGUUGAGAAAUGUGGUACACAAUUACUUUAUAAGAGUUUUUCCCCAAUCUUUUUGGUAUAAAUUGUUUUAACCAAAUGAACAGCAUAUUGCAAUCACUUCAGUGAAUUUGUUUCUAUCAAUGGAUUUGAAUCACUAAAAUGAUAUGCGUCAUUUUAGAAAUUAAAUAGCUUUAUUGAUAUAUUAAUAUACCAUAAUUUAUAAAUAUGAUUAUGAUUUUUUUAUCUUUGGGAGAGAAUUUUAUCUUUCAUGCACUCUUAGUAAUUGUUAUUGUUCCUCUGAAUUCAUGCAACAAAAAUGAAUUAUGUUGACAGUAUACAGUAGCCUAGAUUUGAGCUGUGUAAUUAUAAGUCCUAAAAUUCAGUUUCAGUUCAAAAUUUAUGUAUUAGUUUUAUAUCAUUUUCUUUUCCCCAAAUCUGGAUUUUACACUUGAUAAUUGAUUCUAGAUUGGAAUUUGGAGAAACAUCUGAAAAAUUAAUGUCACUAUAUUCAUCCAAAAUGUGGUCCUUUUUUUAAUGAUUGGUUCCACUAACUUUGGGUUGCCACAGUGAAUUAUGCAGCUUAUAUUAAAAUCACAUGUUUCUGUUUACCCAAAUUAAUGCUAAGAUUGUGUAUCUUAGCAUUACUUUAUAUACUUUGUAUCACUUUAUGCUGUGAUUGCCUGGAUUUUAUAUCACCAAAAUUAAAUGUCUUGGUUCAGAGGAUAUACUUAAAACCCUCAAUCUUGCUGUAUUCCCCCAAAAUCUAAACCAGAGUUUAAUAUUGAAUUGGCCCAUCAAAUACAGGUUUUAAUACUUCUGUUUUAGCCAUCAUAAUGAUUAAUCUGAUAGUCAGUAUUUUUAUGUAGCACAGCUGUAGUACCUUAUUUUUCAUGUUCUUUUGAUUUCUGGGAUUUAAGGGUUCCUUCCCCCUCAAGCCCUCCAAUCUACAAUAUAACCUCCCUCCAGAUGUUGAAUUAUAUCAUUUCUUGAACAAUUUUGUUCAUUAAAUGAAACAACAUUACCAGACACAUUUUCUAAAUCCAUUCCUUCCAGAUUGGACUUCUAGAAUAUUGCUAAUGGAAGUAGCUGUUAAAAGUACAUUCCAAAUAAUUAUGUAUCUUAACAUUGACGUUCUAAGUCCUUUAGGUUUUAAUGUUUGCUGGUUUAUUUUAAUAACAGACAUCAAUUCUUUGUGUGUCUUCAUUUGAAUUGAAAACUAUUCACACAUUUAUCCUCAACCACAGCAAAAUUGCUAGUAAGUAAAUGAUAACAAAUAAGUGCAAUUUACACUGCAUUAAAUUGUUUCUACUAAGCUUUUGUGGGGAUGUAGUUGAAUCAAACACAAACGUGGGUUUGGUAAAAAAAAAAUUCUACUAAUGAAAUGUAGGUGAUUAUUUGGGGUCAGGCCAUGUUGGUUUUGAGGUAUUCUAUAGAUCAUCAGGACUUCACACUUCGAUGAGUGUGUGUGUAUGUGUAAGAGCAAGUGUACAAAGUAAUCAGUAAAGUUUUGCUCUUAUUUUAAAUUUACUGGGUCUCCGUGUAUUCCAAAGAACUGGUUGUGACUCAGUGUGUGGUUGAAAGUGUGAUUGUUGACCAGAGUUCUGAGUGACAAGCCAUAAGCUGAACCUGGCACCAUGUGUAACUGCCCCAAGGUUUUUGUGACUACCCAUCCCAUAAUUCCCCAAACAUUGAGAGACUGUCAAUGCCUUAAUUAAUUCAUUGUUUAUGCUUUCAUGUGGAGGGGCAGGGAGUCUCAGGUUAGGCAGAAAUUAGGCAUGAGAAAAAUGGAGCUAGUGGUUAUGAUUCUCUAGUGGGUAAAAUCCAGUAUCCUCCUGCCAUUGAUCAAACCCAUCUAUGUUUAUGUUAACUUGUUUAAACUAAUUAAAUUAGACUAAUUAACAUUAUUGCAUUUUCAAAAAGAUAUGUAAUAAUUUUCAUAAAACUGCUUUCUUUCAGUUGAUUUUUAUUUACAAAAAGGGAACCAAGCUUAUUUGCUAUAGCAAAGCAAACAAAAGUAAAUGUAAAAUAAAAUCCAAGACUGGAAUUUUUAUUAUGACAUUUUUUUUUGGCCUACAGCCCACUUGGUAGCAUACGUUUUGCAUACAAAGAAGGUAGGGUAAAAUAAUAAAAACGUAAUUUAUAUCUGCUAUUGCUAAUCAGCCCAACAAUAAAUAGAUGAAUCAGAGAUCUGGAUAUAAUUUAAAAAUGACAAGCCAGUAUUCUUGUAAAUUCAGUUUACAAAUUAAAAUAGUUUUUGUAAUCUAGGACUACUCCAAGAAAUAAUAAUUGGAAAGCAUGAUUAAAAAUUCUAAUUCUAGCAACACUUCUCUUGGAAAUGAAAUGUUGACUACAUCCAGAAGGAAGUUUCAUCUACAUACAAACAACUUUAGAGAGUUUUGGAUUUUUUAAAAAUCAUUCUUGAUUUCAAAUAUAUACUAGCUGAAUGCCUGUUCUCUGCUACGAAACUAUGUGAUCAGGCUUGAUAAAUUGACACAGCUUGAAAAUAAAUGAGUAGUUACUAUUGGCCUCUCCUCUACCCUUCUCUCCCUCAGG